GUCGUCGCACAACAAAACAUUCUCAAGUUCAUCAUAUUGCCAGUCACAAACACCAAGAUGGGCAGAAAACGCGCCGAGUCUCCGUCCAAUCUCAAGUUCCAGCAACCCGACCGCAGUGGACCCAAGGAAAAGACCCUGCUGGAGCUCGCCGAGGAAAGGGGACUCUUUGAGCAGGCGCGCAAGAAGCAGGAGGAAAACGACAAGGCAAAGAAUCCCCCCAAGAUCAAAAAGAUGCCCAUAAAGAAGCCGGAAAAGACGAAAAGCAAGAAAGACGACGACGAUGACGACGAACCACUGUCUCCCGGAGCCGAGCGCUUCCUCGACACCACCCUCUACACCGUGAGCUUGGCCAUGCUGCACUUCACCUUGGACGUCUUUGUCCAGAACCAAUAUUCCGCCGAUCGCAUCGUCUGGCCCAAGGUCUGGACGAGGGCAAUCCAAGCCUUGUUGGUCUUCGGCUUCCUCGUCUACACUCUCCACGCCCACUCCUCGAACCCGACCAUCCUUCCUGGCCUACCUGCCCGCUACCAAAACCACCUCCGACAGGUCAUCUUCUUUGUCAUGAGCGUGUGCUCGGGAUGCUACCUGAUCCACAUCACAAACACGUACGGAUACCUGGCCGUCAUGAAGCAAGCGCCACCCGUGGGUUGCUUGUGGGUGUGGUCCGUCAUUGAACUCCAGCUUCCUUGGGCUGUCCUCAGCCUGGCGGUUGCAGGCACAUACCUCAAAGUCAAAGGUUAUGACAUCAAGUGA